AUUCUCUCACAUUUUAGCCGCUUCCACUCACAAACACACUCUCUCUCUCUAUUUCUUCUGUCUUUUCACGUCUUCCCACUCUUCGGAGUCUAUUUAACCACCAAUGCCGGUUCUCAGGUCCCGAGAAAUUCCUCCUUUACCCAACCCCUCUUUAUCUCCCAAAACCCUAGAAUUAGGGUCUAACUUGCAACCCUCUACUCCUUCCAAAUCCAUUGAACCUUCAACUAAUCUCAUCAUGUCUAGCCCUAAUUCUAAUGAUUUUGAUCUUAAUUCUUUACCAGUUAAUAGUCCUCCUCUUCGUCGCAGUCUCCGUCUUUCUUCCAAAAAGAAUUCCGCCCGAAACGCGAGCGGGAAUGGGAGUGUUGGUACGAGUACUGAAUUUGAUGGUUUAGUGGAUGAGAGUAGUGUUGGGGGUUCGAUUCUGAAAGAGGAAAACAAGAAUUUAAAGAGGAAGUUAGGAGAUGUAGAGAAUGAGAGUGUUGUUGAGACUGCUGAAUUUGAUGUUUUAAUGGAAAAGAGGAAUGUUAGGGAUUCAAUUGUGGAAGAAGAGAACAGGAAUUUGAAGAUGAAGUUAGAAGAUGUAGAAAAUGUGAGUGGUGUUAAGAGUAUUGAAUUUGAUGUUUUAGUGGAAGAGAGUAGUUUUAGGGAUUCAAUUUUGGUAGAGGAUAACAAGGAAAUGAAAACAAAUUUAGAAGAUGAAGAGAAUGAUGCUGUUAUUUUGAUUUCUAAGAGAACGUUUACUGGAGCAAUGAAUGGGAAAAAUGUUAUGUCUAAUGACGUUAUUGAUUAUGAUAGUCUAAACUUGAUUGAUUUGAAUACUGAGACUGACCAAGAGAUUGAGGAAUCUAAGAGUAAACUAAGGUUUGGUAGAGAAGAGAAGAUGAAAGAUGUAGUUUUUGACCACGAAUUUGAUUUAGACAUUAGUUUGGGUAUUGGUUAUGAUGCUGACAUGAACAUGAAUGAUGUAGUUUCUGAUGACGAUAUCAUAUUAACCAAUAAUGUGGGUACUGAUUCUGAUAUUGAUUUGAAUAUGGGUUACCAGUAUAAUUUAAAUUCUAUGCGUAGAAAGGAUAGGGAGGAUACGUUUAAAGAGGCUGCGAGAUGGAAUGCUUCGAGGUUUGCUCAUUUUGAUGCUCGGGAAGAGGAAAGGAAUGAGGUGAAUUCUGAGGUUGAAGUAGAAGUGCCCCAACAAGUAGUUGAGAAUAUUGAAGAUUGGCCUGGACCAUUUUCGACUGCUUUGAAAAUUCUAAGAGAUAGAGAACGGAAGUGUAAUUCUCAAGUGUUGAGUAAGAGUUCUGUAAAAGAAGGUUUUCCUUUAGUUUCUUGGACUCCUAGGCAGGAGAAGGGGUGUCGGAAUAGGGUUGCCCCUUCAUUGCGAAGUUUGUCUUUAAGUAUUCUUGUUAAUAACGCUGAUGCAAUUACGUCUCUUGAGUGUAUUCCUGAUGCGAUUAGGAACCAGCUAAGUGAGAUGCUGUGUGAUUCUAGGCAGAUGAGUCCGCAUUUUCUUGGUCUUCUUCUUGAUGGGUCGCCCUCUGAGAUACGCCUUCCAGACUGUUCUUGGCUAGAGGAGAGCGUGUUUGAGAAAUCAUUCGAGACUUGCAACUCUAACAGCUUGACGGUUUUACAACUUGACCUGGGUGGGCAGUGUAUAUCUGACUCUUCAUUACGCAAGACUUUAGUACCUAAAGGAUUGAACGCAUUGACAACUAUUUCUUUGAAAGGUGCUUGUCGUGUUUCAGAUGCUGGGCUAGCUGCACUUGUUUCAUCUGCCCCUGCUUUGAGAUCUAUUAAUCUUAGUCAAUGCUCUCUUCUGACUGAUGUUGGCAUUGACAGUCUUGCUAAGUCAGUGGGUCCGGUUUUGCAAGAGCUAUAUCUUGAUGAUUGUGAUACUUUAGAUGCAAUGUGUAUUCUUCCUAUACUCAAGCAGUUAAAGAAUUUGAAAGUGUUGUCACUCAAUGGCAUACUUGGUGUUACGGACAAAUUUAUUGGGGAAUUGAUUGAUGCAAUUGGUCACAAUAUGAAGGAGCUUAGUUUAGCGAACUGUCUAAAUUUGACUGAUUCUUCUAUGAAGAUCAUUGCUGAAACAUGUUCUCAGCUAUGUGUUCUCGACCUUAGCUUUCUGGGGAAGCUAACUGAUAACAGCUUGGCCCAUCUUGGAAAUGGUUGUCGUAGAAUUGAAGAGUUGAAACUUUGUCGGUCUAUGUUCAGUGAUGAUGCUAUUUCUGCUUUCCUUGAAACUUCUGGAGAAUAUCUGAAAGUAUUAUCUCUUAACAACAUCAGCAAGAUCGGCCAGAAUACUACCCUUUCUCUUGCUAAAUGUUGCAAAAAUCUUGAGAGCUUGGAUGUCUCAUGGUGCCGUUGCCUCACAGAUGAGGCACUGGGAUUAAUUGCAGACAGCUGCUCGUCCCUGCGUCUGCUCAAACUUUUUGGUUGUACACAGGUAACUAGUGUUUUUGUGGAAGGGCACUCAAACCCAUAUCUACAAAUUAUUGGAUUGAAGCUGACUCCAAUUCUAGACCAUAUCAAGAGGCCAGAUUCUUUACAAGGACCCUUGCAUUAUUCUGAUGAUUUCCCCUCUUGAUUCUUGGUUUGUCAAUUCUAAUUCAUUGAUUUUCGUUACGGAAACUUAAUAUUUUGAAAGAAGCAACAAAGGGAAGGUGAUGGUAUUACAUUCCAUUUGCAAGAUGUUGAUCAAAUUCCAUUCUUAUGUAAAUUUUGUCGCUAAUGUGUAAAGAUCCCUCAUUGUCCUCUUUUUUUUGGCAGAGGGUACUACCAACUUCCACUUGGUAGAUUAUCACUUAAUUAUUAAACUGGAACGACUGGUUGUAUGUUGCUCGUUUUCUUAAUGCUUUGAACUUUGAAGAUGGUUAUAAAUGUAUUUUUCUAUUUUAA